GUGCAUGUUAUAACCUCUAAAAAACAAUACAAAAUUUAAACUUAAAUUUAAAUUCUCUUACAUAUUCAUAAGAUACAAUUAUACAUUUUUUUGAAUUCUGAUAAAGUUAUUACUUAAGCUAAUUUUAAUGUAAAUAAUUUUCUUUAAAAUAUCAAGAAAAAUAAUUUUAUUUUUGAAUCACAAUGAAAAAAAAAUCUUGGGAGAAAAAAAGUCAAGUAAGUGAUGAUGAUGACGAAUCUGUCGAUUUUGAUGCAGAAGAUUCAGGUAGUGAAUAUGAUGAAAAUGAAAAACUUCUUCUUGAAAAAACCAGGGAGGAACUUGCUAAAGGUGGUGAAAUCACUGAUGAUGAUAGUGAGGAUGAAGUAUUUCCAUUACGUAAUAAAUUAGAUAUUUAUGAAGAUAGUGAAGAAGAAGAUGAUGGUAAAGAAUAUGAUGAUCAAGAAACUCAAGACCUUGAGUCUGAUGAAGAAAAUGAUAAACAUAUGAGUGAUAGUGACAUAGAAGGUGCAGAAAGUGACUCUGAUGAUUUGCCAAAUGACAAAGCUUGGGGUCAAUUGCGAAAAUCUUUUUACAAUACAGAUUACUUAGAUAAAGAUCAUGGAGGUUUUGAGGGAGAAGAUGACGAAGAAACAGCUAAAAUGGAAGAAGAGGAGGCCAGAAAAAUUCAUCAGAGAAUGAUGUCAGAAUUAGAAAAUAUUGAUCUCAAUAAUGAACUAUUUGCGGGUACUAAAGAUUUAGAAACUUUCAAAGAAAUUAGUGACAAAAAUGAUAUUACAAAAAUGGAAAAAAUUAAAAAAGAUUUGAGUUCUAUGAGUGAUCGAGAAAAAAGAAAGUUGCUCAUUAAAGAAUCCCCAGAAAUGCUUGGAUUAAUUACUGAUUUCAAAGAACACAUGAAAACUGUAGAAGAAAAAUUAUCUCCGAUUUUAAAAUUAUUAAAAUCAAAAAAUAUUCAAAAAAGUUCUGCUUCAGAUUUUAUUCAAUAUUAUUAUGAAAUAAUAAUGAAUUAUUGUGUAAACAUUAGUUAUUAUUUUCUAAUGAAGUCUCAUCGAAUACCAAUUCAGAAUCACCCGAUUAUGAAACGGUUAUUACAGUACCGGCAAUUGUUAUGUGAUCAAUCAACUCGUUAUAAUUCUAUUAUUUUGCCUCAAAUUGAUCAAAUAUUAUCUAGUUCGAACACAGAAAAUAAAAACUAUGCUGUUAAACCAAAAACCAAAAAAUUACUUAAUAUUUUAUCUCAAAAACAGAAAGUAGAAAAAAUUAAAAAUAUAUCGACUAAUGAAGUAAAGACUAAUGGUUUUAGUUCAGAAAUAAUUGAAAAAGAAGAUAACCAAGAUGCAUUUAGUAACAGUGAAUCAGAAAAUGAAGAAAAAUCUGAAGAUAAACAAGCUAUGACAGUUGAAGAAAAACGAGGAAUCACUUAUCAAAUUGCUAAAAACAAGGGUCUUACACCACGCCGAAAGAAAGAAUUACGUAAUCCAAGAGUCAAAAAUCGAAUGAAAUAUAGAAAAGCCAAAAUUCGAAGGAAAGGACAGAUACGUGAACCUCGUAAAGAACUACAUAGAUAUGAUGGAGAGAUAUCUGGUAUCAAGGUUAAUUUAGCUAAAAGUAUAAAAAUUAAAGCUUGAUUAUGUUUUAAUUGUAUUCUUAUUUUUUAAAUAAUACUGUUGAAUAUUUGAUUUUAAUAAAAAAACGUUAAACUAUAUAA